AUUUUAUUUGUCCGAAUGGAUAUAAUUUGUGUUUAGAACUUUUCUUUUCCCUUUAUAUUAUUUAAUUUCCCAGAUUUUUUUACUGAUGCUAUGACAAUUAUCGAGGCUCUAAGCCUCUUUAAAAAUGGUUCUAAACGCUGCCGUGCAAAUGUUAAGGGAAGCAGAAGAGUUGAAACAGAAAAUUUUAAAAUUUAACAGUGGUACCUCAAUGCUGCAAGAUAAGAGUCUCUGGGCAACACAACAACAGUUGCAAAAGGUUUAUCAAAAGGUUCUUGAGCUGGACUUAGAUUAUGCACUUGAGAAGAAAGUAGAGCAGGACCUUUGGAAUGUUGGUUUCAAGCAGCAAAUUGAAGCAUUACAGGCUAUUUCGAAAGACAGAAAGAAUGCACUCAGAAGUGAAGCUCAAUCAAUGCUAUCAUGGGUGCUGCAGGCAGCUGCGGGGUUCUACCUGUGCCUGUUACAUCAGAUCUGCACAACAUUCAAAUUAGACCUUCCCUUUAGACGUCGGGCGUCACUGCUGGGCGCGGUGGAGGGGUGGGAGGCGAGCGCGGGGGGCGUGGCGGCGGGCGCGGGGAGCGCUGCGGGCGCGGCGGCGGCGCGGUACGCGUGCCAGCACUGUCUCGUGCACCUGGGAGACCUGGCGCGGUACCGGCAGCAGCUACGCGUCGCGCACACCUUCUACAGGCACGCGCUCGCUGUGUCCGUUCAUUCGGGGCAGCCGUACAAUCAGCUGGCGCUGGUGUCUUGGCGGCGCGGGCGGCGGCUGGCGGCGGUGUACUGGCACGUGCGCUCGCUGCUCGUGCGCGCGCCCUUCCCCCCCGCCCCCGCCAACCUGGCGCGCACGCUGGCUGCCGCCGCCGGCCGUGACGUCCGCGAGGCGGCCCCGCUGCCCGUGCUGCCGGGCCUCGCCAGCAGCAAGCCCAGCGCGCCCGACGUGCCCGACCGCCUGGACUCGCACUCCUACGUCAACGAGCUCGUGCGCGCCGUGCACUACUUGCAUAGCGUGGAGCAGUUGGAGACGGCGGCGGAGUUAGUGGCCAUCCUCAGCACUUCGCUGUCACCGCUCAUAGCUACCGAUAGCUUCGACUCGAUGACGCUCAUAAAGAUGGCCUGCGUGCUGAUAUGGCUGGUGCAGUCCACCACCGAGGACUUCGCGGUGGAGCUGAGCGCGCUCAGCGAGGGGGAGGCCACCGCGGCGAAGCUGGCCGCGGCCCUCGCCGAGGCCGUGGUGCUGGCGCUGCUGCUGCCAGCCUGCGCUAGCGACGAGCCGUCAGAGCGACCGUUGCCAGCACUGAAGGUGUGGCUGCAGUGGGCGAGUGCGCGGAGGGAGGUGGCGCAGGGGUGGGGGCCGGCGCUGUGGGCUGCGCUCGCGCACCACGCAACGUGUCUCGCGCAACACGCGCACACGCACGAUACAUAUGACUCGGUACCUCUCCCGGAGGACGAGGAGCUGAACGGGUUCCUACCGCUGGAAGAAUCAUUCAAGGACCUCAAAUUCAACAAUCACUCGAAUUGGGAUUCUUCGAAAGUACCAGAUACCGAUCCGCACGACGACGAAACGGGGUCGUGGCCGUCGAGCCCGUUCGUGUGCGAGCCGGAGCGCGAGCGCGGCGCGCGCGCCCGCCGCGUGCUGCGCCUCGCGCGCGCGCUCGCCGCGCUGCACCCCGCGCGCCUCGCCUGCCGCACCGACGCGGACGGCUCGCAGCGCCUGGAGGCGGUGGGGGCGCCGCCCGCGCUGCUGCAGCAGACGGUGUCGGCGCUGGCCGCGGCGCCCGCCCCGCUCGUGCCCGUCAUCAUCUCCGAGGCGGACUUCAGGGAAAAAGUUCGCGAGAAGCGCGUCGGCAUCCUCAAGCCGCAGGGCUCGCUGGAGCGCGCGCGCGAGGAGCGCGCCGCCGCCGCCAGCGACGAGCCGCCGCCGCCGCCGGAAGUCGAAUGCAGUGACGAGGCGGCUAGGGGUGAGGAUAAGAGGGAGGUGCGGAAGUCGCGCGUCAACAUCGCCAUGGCGGCCAUCAUGAGGAAGCAGGAGGAAACCAACAAACAGGUCAAAUUCAUAACGCCUCCGCCGACCCCGGAUUCGGUGGGCGAGAGCAACGACAGCUCGAGCAAGGACGAUAAACCGAAGAUGAUUCAACCGAAACCGAUCAAGUCCCUUGCCAACAUACCGAUCGGUAGGAAAACAGGCGGUAUUCUAUCGUUGAAAGAUAAAUCCGCCGGAUAUCCACAUUUACAAAACCCGGACCCGGAACCGAAGAAACUUGAGAAAGACGACAAGAAAGACUCUAAAAUUAAUCAAGUUAACAGUCCGAAUUCACAAAACUUUCAACCAAAGAGAGAACAGACCUCCAGUUGGCCAAAUAUGUCUGCUCAAAGUUACAGUGAUAGUCCUAGGAUGACAUUCCAGAAAAAUGCAUAUGGUAUACAAAACGCAGGUAUUAUUUAUAACCCUAACUACCAAGCGCCGGUGGUUAACAACCAAGGUAUAAGACUUCCGGUGGUCAAUCCAAAAGAAAUAGACGUGAGAACGGCCGCGUUGCAGAAGCAGAGCUCCCGACAAGAGCUAUUCCAAGAUGGCCACAAGUUUGGCAACCAAGGAUAUCCAAUGACAGGUGGGGACAAAAAGAACUUCUUGAGCGAUUUGCCACCCAGAUUCGCUAACCAAUACCGUUACUGGCAAAACGCGCAAGAGAAUCAGUAUAAUGAUAACAAAUUUAGAGACGAUAGUCCUAGAAAUAACUCGCCGUUUAACGCUCAAACUUCGCGACAGAAUUGGCCAACGCCGCCAAAUGAGAACUUCCAACAGCCAAUGUCGUGGUGGAAACCAGAAAAUCAACCAAAUUUCAAUCCUCAGAAUUUCUCCACACCGCCGCUGAAUUUCUAUUCUUCGUUACCGUCGAAUAUGUCUAAUCCUUACACGAAUAUGCCUUAUAAUCAGAUACAAGGUCAGAAUUUGACCCAAAAUUUGCCAAACAUGGGACAGAAUUUAAGCCAGAAUGUGCAGAGUAAGCCCGAAAAUUUGUCUCCCACUUAUCCAAUUCAAUCAGCUAUCGGCCAACCUCAAAUUCAAACACUCCAAAAUCUGGUUACAUCUCCAAAUUUUAAUUCAUCUAUGAACACUUUCGCUCCGUACAAUCCGGCGGUGAGCUACGAUUCCUCAAUGUAUCCUCAGUUCAAAAAGCUCGGAUACCAACCCUUGCAGAUGAAUAUAAUGGAUAAACAAAACUUCCAAACUCAGGGGAGUAAGGACUCGGACGUCGGGCUCAACUUUGGGACCAACGUUUUAGACAUGCAACAAAGACAUCUCAACUACAACGAGACCUACGGCAACGAGGGCGCCGCUAUGAAAAAUUUAGAUGACAUCGAACAGAGCGCAGGCGAGGCGAGCACGUACUCGCUGUUCAGCGGCGCGCCCGACGCCGGCGCGUGGGCGUCGCGCCGCCCGCAGCAGUCUCUCUGGUCGGGCCCGGGCCCGUCUCCCUUGGAGCGCCUGCUGGAGCAGCAGAAGCAGCUGAAGCCCCCCGCGCCGCAUUGACUCCCGUGCACAGGGUUCGGUGUUCAGUCAUGUUGAGAUAUGAAUGCGUUAUAUUUUGGAUCUUUUUUUCUACAAAUAACAUUCGGGUUUUAUUAUAAAAGUAACAUUUUUAUCGCUAGAAAUGUGUUGUAUAAAUUGUAUCAGAACAUAAAAUUGAUUGUGAUUUUGUACAAUAUUAUCACUUGAUAAGUUUCAAUAAAAGACAAAGUAUUAUAAGGUCUGCUACGGAAAAUAACUUGAAAUGUAAAAAAAGACGGUAUCUUUUACAAUGGUUUGAAAAAAAUGUGUGUUGAAGCCUGCCCAUGCACGCUGCCAAAUCUACAAAGGAACAUUAUUGUUCUAGUGAAUAUUGAUCAGAUGUACAUUUGCUCAACUGUUUGUAUUACUGAAUAACAGGGCAGCCGUGAACCAAAAAAUAUUCUAGUAGUAUUUUUGUAAAUAACGACUCCUUUAGUAUAAUAUAUUUUCUGUUACAAUAUUACAUUGUUAUUGCUUUAAGUAUUUCAAUGUAAAUUCAGUCUACUGUUGUUUGAUCAUAUAUUUGCUAGUGUCUAAAUAAAUAGUAUCUUUGUGCUAAGUGGAAAUCAGUAUGUCCAUUGUGGGUGGGAUAUUUUGUAAUAAAGUUAUUUUUGUUA